UCUAAAUCAAAAGCAGUGAGAAAUCUGCUGCAAACUGCCCACAUUUGUUUCCCUUUUUCAGGCACUGGUGGAUGGCCCCUGCAGUGGUGUCAGGAGGCAGGCCAUGCCCUUCAAGUGCAUGCAGCUGACUGACUUUGUCCUGAAGUUCCCACACAGCGCUCGUCAGAAGUGUGUGCGACUUGCCUGGGAGAAGGAAAAUAUAAAUGAAAAAUGGUCAGCAACAAGAUGGGCAAAGAAGAUUGAGGCCCGAGAAAAGAAAGCCAAAAUGACUGACUUUGAUCGCUACAAGGUGAUGAAAGCGAAGAAAAUGAGAAACAGAAUCAUCAAGCAUGAAAUGAAGAAGCUCCAGAGGUUGGCUGCCAAAAAAGGCAAGAAACCUGGGAAGCCAGGGAAGCCAGAGAAGGCAGCAAAGGGCAAAAAGCCAGAGAAGGCACCCAAGGCUAAGAAGCCAGAGAAGGCACCAGCACCGAAGGCACAGAAGGCACAGAAAUAAAAUUAACUUCUCAUUAUGUAUAAUUCUGUGUCCUUGUUCUAAUUUUAAAAUUACAAACAUUUGAUUUCAAUUUUAAA